CAAAAUCACGCAGGCGCGAAAAAUCGCGUCCAUCCCUCGGACCUGCAUACAUCACCAACAACCCUUGUGCAGUGCUACUGUAAACAUCGCAUACACUUCUAAGCAACAUUAAACACUGCUCUGUUUUCCUAAACCGCCAAUUACAAAAUCGCAGUUCUUCUACGAUUAGGAAAACGGCCUCAAAAACUCAAUGGCAUCGACGACACAACCGCACCCCUCCUUCCCCACACGCCCCUACUCCAGCACCCUGCAUGGCAAACUCCCCGAACGCAACGCACCCAAUGCCUUCUCCGCCUCUGCGCACCCUUCAGGUCGAGAAAACGCACUAUACCGACAAGAGCGCGAGCGAGCGCAACGAGAAGCGGCGCAAGGCGCAGGGCCUUCAGCACCCAUACACAACAUCACGGACGAGCAACGAGAAGAGAUAAAUGAAGCCUUUGGCCUCUUCGACCUAGACAAAGACCAGCGAAUCGACUACCACGAGUUCAAAGUCGCCCUCAAAGCGUUGGGCUUCGACCUCCCAAAACCACAAAUCCUCGACCUCCUCAACACCCACGGCACUCCCCCUCUAAACACUGAACUGCAAAAGGAGCAGCUACCGCCUGGGCGACUCGUCCUCACGCUUCAGGCAUUCCAGACGAUUGCUGCGAAGCUGAUUAGUGAGCGGGAUCCGAGGGAUGAGAUUCUGAGGGCGUUUGCGCUGUUUGAUACCGAGGAUAAGGGCAUCAUCAGUUUGGAGGACUUGAGGAGGGUGGCGAGGGAACUCGGCGAGGGGUUAGAAGAGGAUGAAUUGGUGGCUAUGAUUGAGGAAUUUGAUUUGGAGGGGAAAGGGGGAGUAGGAAGAGAGGAGUUUGUGAAUAUCUGCAUGGGGUGACACACUUCACGUAACUUCUUUUCUGGAAUCCUUAAGGGUGUAGAAAGAGGCGCAGCCGAAUCCGGGAGCGAUUUCUGUUCAAGUGCAAUUCUAUGGGUCACGGAAGCGAUGGAGUCAAGGCGCGAUUGGACGGAGCAUUACAUGUAGGGAUAUGUGAAUUAUGGCACACUUCAGUG